AAAGCAGGUAACCUUGCGAAGAAAGUCACCGUCACCCGUCGGCUUCAAGUGUAAAAAAACCAAAACAGACAAUGAGUGAUUUAGAACAGCAACAAGAGGUUGAAAAUGUGUCUCAGCCUCCUCAGUGGCCUGAGAAUGGAGAUCAGUGGAGUGAUGGAGAGGAUGGGACGAAUAUGGACUGUGGGCUUCUGCAGGCCAUGGCUGAGGAGGAUGAGGAGAUCAAUGUCUACAAUGAAGAGACGUUUGGAAUGGAUCUUGAUACGCACGGGACCACAGAGGUCCCCAACAAUGGCCUCCUUCAGUUUGGAGAGUUGCCGUCUCCACCACCACCACCACCACCUCCUACACCACCGCUAGACCCCAAACCACCUUCCCGCCACAGCUCCCCCUCCCCUCCUAGACAGAGGCCACAGUAUUUCCCCCGGGCUCCCCCAGGGCAGCGUGGCAGAGGAAGGGGACAGAGAGGAGGGCUGGGCAGGGGCCAGAUGUUUGAAGACCCAGCUGUGGUGAGGAUAGUGCAGGGGCGACCAAGCAUCAAGGGUCUUGACAGUGCCAUAGUGGACUGUGGGAAUGCCAUGUAUCAGAAUUCCUUUGAGGAUGAUUACAUGGCACCCUCUUCCAGAAAGUCUAGGAGGAUCUCAGGAUCAAUACUUCAGGACAGUGCUAUAGUGUGUGUGAUUGAUGGUCGCAGAGGUCAGCACCUGACCUCCAACUUCCUGGAUUUGCCAUAUCCUGUCUCUUCAUUCAGGGGCAGGAGAGGGGAAACCAGGGGGUCCUACCCCAGAAGACACUUUGGCCAAAGAGUCCCCGCUCAGAUGCAUUCAUUCACGGUACCAGGAUCACCCAUCAAUUUACGUCAACCGUUAACUCCUCGGCAACAUUACAAUCAGACAGGGGGCUUCAUGUUCCCCAUGAACCGGCCCUGUCCCUCCACUCCUCAGUCUCUGACUCCUAAGAUGAUGCAACUUCGCUUUGGUGCCAACUCGCCAAGGCCGUCCCCCUUUUACAGCCCCUCGUCUAAUUCAGUGCAGCAUUUCAGGUACCCCGGUCCUGUCACCCAGCUCCACCCCCAACAUAAACGACUACUCAGUCAGAAACAGCGUUUAUUCCAACGAAAACCAGAGGGCUGGGAUCCUUACUGUAAUCUCAUGACGGCCAAAGAGAAGGAGUGGAUCACCAGGCUGCAGAUGAUUCAGCUGCAAAGUGAGCAUCCAUACCUUGAGGACUAUUACUACCAGGAGUAUUAUCGGCGAAUAGAAGCUAAGAUGGCAGAGGAAGAGCUCGGCAUCCGGGGCAAGAGGGAGCCACCCAAGCUUACCACACCGUAUAUCAUGAAAUCAGACUCCUACACUCCAGUGGUGCACAUUGAAGGCUCUUUGGGUCAAGUUGCUGUGUCCACGUGUUACUCUCCUCGCCGGGCCAUCAGUGCUGUUAACGCAGUCCAAGCUCAAUGUCCACUCGAGGAACAAAAAGACAUCAGACAACAGCGGUUAGAGGUUCUCAGCAAGAUAGAAAAGUUGUUCAUAGUUCUGUUGGAGGUCGAGGAGACGGAGAGGAUGAAAACCACAGUCUUGUCUGAAGAAGAAGAAAGACGGUUGAUGGAGAAGACACAGAAGAAAGUGGAGCACAUCUACUCCCAGCUGCAACACCAUGAUCCCCUAGAUUCAGGAGGAGAGUUUCUUCCUUUCCUGCUGGUCUCAAAAGGCAAAAGGCUAGUUGCCCGUCUGCUCCCGUUCCUCAAACAUGAUACAGCAUUGAAGAUCUUGAGAAUUGUGACCUGUAAUCUACCUACGCUGAUGAGCAGAGAUACUGAAGAGGCCCUUCCAGUGCUUUACCCAUCUCUUAGAAAUGUGAUUGGAGGCUUGACGUUCAGUCAGCUUAUUGGACUCAUCAAAGAUCUGACAUUUGAAUCUCUGACGACAUCCGAGUCGCUCACGCUGGCAUGUCAGAACAAGUUUGGACUGUCUUUACUGUAUGCUCUCCUUUCCCAAGGAGAGAAGCUGCUGUCUUCAGGUGUUCCUCUGGAGCCCAGCAUUGGUGACUUUGAGACCUGGACCGACACAAUAUUCCAGGUGGCGGGACAGCUGUCCCAGUGUUCACUGGUGGAGCCGCUCCUCCUGCCCUCAAACCUGCUCACUCUCUUCUGCCGUUACCUGGACAAGCGCACUUUGCAUCAGCUGAAAAGCAACAUGGAGUCUGCAACUGGAUUCCUGGCUCUUCCAUCUUAAGGUGGACAGAUGCUAAUGAGACGUUCAGCUAAUGACCAGGUUGUGAUGAGCACUAGAGUGAAAGGAGCAGAAACGCAGCCCUGACAAAAAGUCCUCAGUGUUCAUUAUAACAGAAGUUACAUAAUGUACUCUGACCUGUGUUCAAAAUGAUUCUUAGUUUUUCCCCUCUCCCUCAUCCCUUCACAUUUUUGCACACUCAAACUGUUUCCCUUUUUUUUUUUUUUUUUUUUUUUUUUUAUUUCCUUUAUCUGAUCUUUUUACUUUCCUCCCCUUGGACUCCAGUAGGUUAAAGUUAUUCUGAAAUUACAAACCUGAUGGGUUUUUUUGUUUGUUUUUAACCCUCCAAAACAUGUUGCCAUAGUUUCAUGAGAUUGCAAUAAACUGGGUUACAUUAAUACGUUACAUUAACUAGCAGAUGGAGCCGAUUUACUAUCUAAACACUUCAUUUGCACUUUUUCAAACGUCAGUUAAUGCCAGUUACAUGUAGGAGAAGAAACGUGAGGAGAUAAAUGUGUUGGAUCAGAUAUUGGACUGUAUAGUAAUUUAUGAUUGUACAGCUGGACCUAUAUGUUCAUUAUUAUAAUAACCAUUAAGAAAGUUGUCAUGGCAUGGUCCAUCAACAUAAGUCAUGCAAUUUUGGGUUUUUUGUAAAAAAAAAAGAUGCAUUGUGUAUACAAGUGUAGUGAUACUAAAUAUGAUGUAUUUGAUGUAAUUUUCCAUCUUAGAUGUUUCAGUUGAAAAGAGAUUUUUAUUUAUUGUAUUCAUUUGGAAACAGGAAUAAUUUAAAUUGCACCCUUGUAGAGCACUUGCAACACAAAUAAAAAAAAAUAUUUAAAAAUG